AUGGAUGACUUAGCUCUCCUUGACUUGUUGGAGUGUCCUGUGUGCUUUGAAAAGCUUGAUGCCACAGCAAAGGUGCUACCUUGCCAGCACACUUUCUGCAAACCUUGUCUGCAGAGGAUCCUGAAAUCCCAGAAGGAGCUCAGGUGCCCAGAGUGCAGGACCCUUGUUCUCUGCAGCAUCGAACAGCUGCCCUCCAACCUGCUCCUCAUUCGCCUCCUGGAUGGAGUCAGGUGUGGACAAAACGUUAGCAGGUUUGGCUCCAUCCAGAGGUCAGGGGUCCUGUCCUCCCCAGCCUCCAUCAGGAGAGUCCCCAGGGGGCUGCAGCUUCAUCAGCACCGUCUGGCGACAAACCCCAGGAUCCACAUGGAAGGGGUCCCGCGAGCCAAGGCCCUGUACACCUACCGAGGGCACAACCCUGGGGAGCUGAGGUUCAAUAAGGGGGAUAUCAUCGUGCUGCUCCGACAGCUGGAUGAGAACUGGUACCUGGGAGAGGUCAACGGGAUCAGUGGCGUUUUCCCAGCCAGCUCCGUGCAAGUCAUCAAGCACCUGCCCCUGCCACCGCCCCUUGGCAGAGCACUCUACAGCUUCGACCUGAGGAGCAGGGAUAAGGCCGAGAACAAGGACUGCCUGACAUUUCACAAGUCAAACACCACUGCAAGGCAGCUCCUGCAGAGCAGCAAAAGCCAGUGGUCACCUCAGUUCAAGUGCACGUCCCUACGCACGGCGUCUCCGAAGGCCAAGGGCACAGACUCACCAGCUUUCCCCAAGGUGCCCGAUGCCCGGCGGAAGAGCCUGCGGCAGUUCUCCAUCACCACUGCCCUCAACACCCUCAACCGCAUGGUCCACGCACCCACGGAGCGGCAGGCACUGGAGAUCAGCUCCCCUGUGCUCAUCAGCUCCAGCAACCCCACAGUGGCUACCCAGAGCAGUGAGAAGGCAGAGGUUCCCCACGGCUCCCCUCUCCAGGUCAGUGCAUCUUACUACCCUGCGCCAGGAUCGCUGGGGCAUUCAGCAGCCAUUGUCACUCUUCCCCCUCUGCAGCACCACAUAUCAUCUUAUAUGUUCGUGGCUCUCCAUUCCUAUAUGGCUCACGGACCAGAUGAGCUGGAGCUGCAGAAGGGAGAAGGAGUCCGUGUCUUUGGGAAGGACCAUGACGGCUGGCUGCGGGGCAUGUCCCUUGUCACGGGCAGAGUGGGGAUCUUCCCCAGCAACUACGUCGCUCCUCUCUUCAGCAGCACUGGUGAUCAGAAAUCCAGUCUCUCUGACUCAAAGAUGCCUUCCCUGUAUGCCUCAUGGACGCUGUCGACCUCCUCACUCUCCUCUCAAGGGAGCAUCUCAGAAAACGGCCCGAGACAAAGCAGACCCUUGAAACCAGCACUGCUGCCCGUGCCCAUCCCCUCUCCUGGGAGGAGUGCGGCUGCGGGACAGGCAUCGCUGCGGCGCGGACGUGGCAGCACCAGGAAGAAUGGGUCCUUGCAGAGGCCAGGGCAGGCAGGAAUCCCCAUGCAAGUUGCCGGUUCCCUCAGGCGUCCUUCUGCAGCUGCUGUGCGACCUCAGCAGUUUCAGCUUUACCAGCACAUCAGCCCCCAGCUGCACACCAUGCCUCCUGGAGCUGGCAUGGCCGAGACAGGAGUGAGGCCAAACUUCUCCCAUGAUGUUUCACCAGCGCUGGUGGUCAGAGCAGGGGAAAGCAGAACUCCCUCUGUGUGCAGCUCAGUGAUCCUGGAUGCCAAAGACCCUCCAACAAAGAGUGAGGCAGCUUCAAAGCCACCUGCAUCAGCCCCACCAUCUAUCCUGGUGAAACCAGACACCUCCCGCAACAGCACUGAAAAGCAAGUGAAGACAGUGAGGUUCCAGAACCACAGCCCGCCACCACCCAAGCGGCACAGCCUGCAGCCCUCACCCAGCCUGGCGCGCAGCAGGACGGAGCCCGCGCCCGAGCUCCUGCCACCUGACACCAGCCUGUUGGGCCCUGAGCUGGCCCUGCUCUACUCGCCCAGGGUCAGCUCCAGCCCCCUCCACCAGCGACGGGCGCUGCACCCGAAGGCACUGUCGCUGGACCUCUCCGGGCAGCUGACCUUCCCUGUCAAGAAGAACUACAGCAGCAUUUCUGCAAACUGA